AUGUCAAUCGAAGCUUCACCGGAUCUGGAUCACAAGCGGAGUCCGGCGGCUCCGGCCAUGUCGCCGCCUCGAGAAGCCGCCUCUACUAGUUCCGGUGAAGUUUCCGUUCAGUUCGAGAAAGAUGCUCCGGAGGUUGCUAGCGCAGCUCCGCUCUCAAAUGGCGGCAGCAGCUCUUCAGGUGAAGUAUCUCUUCUUCUUCGUGUUUUACCCUAUCGAGGCAAUGUAGGGGCGAAUUUUUCUAGGGUAAACACAACGCCUCCGGAAUUUUUCAGCUCUGAGAAGCUGAAUCUGCCUUUGGUGUUGGAGAGAUCGAAGACCGAGAGGCAGAGGCGGAAUAAUGUACUUGCUAAAGAGGCUGCUCAGAUUUUUGAUGAUCGUAUGCCUGUGCAACAGAAGCUCAAAUUGUUGAACAGAAUAGCUACAGUCAAACAUGAUGGAACUGUAGAAUUUGAAGUUCCAGUAGAUGUUGAACCUCAAAAUCUUGGAGUUGGAAACGAAAGUGUGUACGGUGAAGUGGAUGACGAGCCGCCUAAUGCAACAGAACUUCAGGAUAUUCCUCCACUGCAAAUCGUAAUGCUUAUUGUUGGAACUCGGGGAGAUGUACAACCAUUUGUUGCAAUUGGAAAGCGGCUACAGGAUUAUGGCCAUCGUGUCAGAUUGGCUACUCAUUCCAAUUUCAAAGAGUUCGUGUUGACCUCUGGCUUGGAAUUCUAUCCCCUUGGUGGUGACCCGAAAGUUCUUGCAGGAUACAUGGUUAAAAACAAAGGGUUUUUGCCUUCUGGGCCUUCAGAAAUACCUGUACAAAGAAAUCAAAUGAAGGAAAUAAUUUAUUCUCUACUUCCCGCAUGCAAAGAGCCUGACAUCGAUUCUGGGAUUCCUUUCAAGGCAGAUGCAAUCAUUGCUAAUCCUCCAGCAUAUGGCCAACCAGUGAAUUCCCCCAUCCUUUAUCUCGUGUUAAGCAAUCAGCAGGAUAUAGAGUGCUUAUCCUAUCAGAUUGUUGACUCCUUGAUUUGGCUUGGAAUAAGAGACAUGAUAAAUGAUGUCAGGAAAAAAAAGCUGAAGUUACGGCCUGUCACAUACUUGAGUGGAUCUCAGGGCUCCGAGUCUAAUAUCCCGCAUGGAUAUAUUUGGAGCCCACACCUAGUCCCUAAACCAAAAGAUUGGGGACCAAAGGUUGAUGUGGUUGGGUUUUGCUUUCUUGAUCUUGCAACAAAUUAUGAGCCGCCAGAGUCACUUUUGAACUGGCUUAAAGCUGGUCCAAAGCCUAUUUAUAUUGGAUUUGGCAGCCUUCCUGUUCAAGAACCAGAAAAGAUGACACAAAUUAUUGUUGAAGCUUUAGAAAUAACUAAACAAAGGGGCAUCAUUAACAAAGGCUGGGGUGGCCUUGGCAAUUUGGCCGAAGAAAAGGACUUCGUAUAUCUGCUGGAUAACUGCCCUCACGACUGGCUUUUCUUGCAAUGUGCUGCUGUGGUACAUCAUGGGGGUGCUGGAACAACGGCUGCUGGUCUAAAAGCUGCGUGCCCCACGACUAUCAUUCCUUUCUUUGGUGACCAACCUUUUUGGGGAGAGAGAGUGCAUGACAGGGGCGUAGGUCCUGCUCCAAUCCCAGUCGAGGAAUUUUCACUUCAAAAGCUGGUAGAUGCAAUUAAUUGUAUGCUAGAUCCCAAGGUUAAGCAAAGUGCAGUUGAACUUGCAAAAGCAAUGGAAGAUGAAGAUGGGGUGACAGGAGCUGUGAAGGCAUUCCUUAAACACCUUCCUCGUAAUAAGAACAUCGAGCACAAUCCUAAACCAGUGCAGUCGAGCCUUUUCUCUUUACGUUCGUGCUUCGGUUGUUCCUAGAUAUUUUUUAUGCUUUAGAUUGUUCCCUGGGAUAUGUGUUUAUCAUUAACUAAAAUUAUGAUUAUUGUGAUCAAUUUUUGGUGAUAUGUGUUUUGUAGCACAUCAUUUGUUCAUAUUUCUUUGCCGUCACAUGGUUUGCUUACCAAAUAGUAUUAGUUGUAACACUGCCUUUAGCUACAUCAUAAUAUAUUUUCGGAAUUUGUAUGGCUAUCAAAAGCUUUUGUUCACUUUCUUACAUUUUUUUCUUUCUUUUCUUUUGUAUUGGGAACUAUUAAGGGUU